ACCCCACCUUGCACUAACCAGGAGACAUUCACACAGGGAGCACUGAUACAUGUUAAUGGUAACUGCCCAAAAACUGCAGUACAGCCAAAAUAGCUGAUGUCUCCAAAAACUUGCAACAAGUGUAGCCUAAAAGUAGCUUUUCCCUUGUUGAUUUGCUGAGUGCCCUUCUGCUGGAUGUUACAGGGACCACUGAGGGGGCUUUCUGACUCUACAUCUUGGACAUUUGUGACAGGGAUAUCUAUCCGUAUCAUCCCUUCAGACCUGACUCCUGUUUCCGGUCUACCUUCUGCGGUUGCUUGGUUACCGUGACGCUGCCGGAAGUUGUGGUUCUGGAGUGCGGCUCCUUACAGUUCUGCGGGAAUGCCGUAAAUCAUAAACGAAAUGGAGGAGAACAAGAUACGGACGGAGCUGGAGAAUUACAGGAGCAUUCGAGUGGUGGGCAAAGGAAGCUACGGGGAAGUCAGCCUGGUCACCCACCGGGCGGAGGGGAAGCAGUAUGUGAUUAAGAAGCUGAGUCUCCGCAACGCUCCUCGCAGAGAAAGGAAAGCUGCAGAACAAGAGGCCCAGCUCCUUUCUAAGCUGAAGCAUCCAAACAUUGUGGCAUACAAGGAAUCGUGGGAGGGUGAAGAUGGCCUGCUCUAUAUUGUCAUGGGCUUCUGUGAAGGGGGUGAUUUGUAUCAUAAACUUAAGGAGCAAAAGGGUAAACUUAUUCCAGAAAGCCAAGUGGUGGAGUGGUUUGUGCAGAUUUCCAUGGCGCUACAGUAUUUACAUGAUAUGCUCAUUAUGCAUCGUGACUUGAAAACGCAGAAUAUUUUCCUGACUAAAUCUAACAUCAUCAAAGUAGGAGACCUGGGGAUUGCACGGGUCCUGGAAAGCCAGUAUGAUAUGGCCAGUACUCUUAUUGGGACACCUUACUAUAUGAGCCCAGAACUAUUUUCCAAUAAACCAUACAAUUAUAAGUCUGAUGUCUGGGCCCUGGGAUGCUGUGUGUACGAGAUGGCAACUCUAAAGCAUGCCUUCAAUGCCAAGGACAUGAACUCCUUAGUAUAUCGGAUCAUCGAGGGGAAGCUGCCUCCAAUGCCUAGAGAUUACAGUAAUGAUCUGAAGGAUUUGAUUGGGACGAUGCUAAGCAGACAGCCUGAAAAGAGGCCUACAGUGAAGCAGAUUCUGAGAAAGCCAUUUAUCAAACAGCACAUUGCCCUUUUCUUACAGAACACAAAAUUUCAAAAACAUGUCAAACGGCGGAAGAAAACGAUAGACUCCAGUCGCAGUAGUGUCUCAAAAGAUGGCAACCUGAAUGAGCUGGAAGUACAAGAAGAAUUUGUCAGUGGUGACAGAAAAAAGCAUAAAGUGAAUAAAGCAAAAAGUCCUGUUAAGACGAAUGCAGCCUGUAUUUCUCCAGCCGCUUCUGACCCCCCAGACUUCAACAAUACUGCAGCUUCUAUUUCAACUAUCAGCAAGGUGGAUAUCAGUGUCCUGCCCAAUGACAAAAGCGCGUCAUGUGAUGAACACUUGAUACCUAAGCUUCAGAAUGAUUGCAGUGACACUCCAGGUAAAGUGACACCGAAUGGUCCAAAAGAGCAAGACAUCAAAGGAAAACUGCAUCCAGCAUUACACCCCAACAUGGAAAAUAAAACGUUGCCUCCGGCAAAACCUGCACAGAUGGAGGAUGAAGAAGACACCUUGAAACUUUUACAGCCAGUCAACAAAUUUGACCAUCAGGCGAGCCAGGAAUCUUUAGAUUCUACAGAAAAACUCCUAGAGCCAUUUGUACCUGUUACAGAACCGGAUGGAGUAGUGGCAAAAACUGAAAUACUGCCUCAUAAUUCUGAAUCGGAGCCAUCUUUAUCCAGACAUCGAAGACACAAGCUCAAAGAAAAUAUAUCCUCACAUUCUGAGCAGUUCCCUGUAGUUUGUCCAAGACCUCUGCCUUCUCCUCCUGUCAUACAUCGAGCUGCUCCAAAAUCCCUCGGCAGUCCUGAAAAGAAAAGCACUGCUGUAGAAUCCGACCGUGGACCAAAACCUAGCAGCCAUUUAAGUCAGGAUCAUCGACCUUUAUCAGCGAGAGAAAGACGACGACUAAAACAGUCCCUAGAAGAAAUAUCAUUAUCUGGUCAGACAUCACCAACAGCCAUCAGAGUAGACCCUGCUCAAGAUGGUGAUAGAGGACAAGCAAUAAAUCCUGCCUGUCAGUCAUUGCCAAGUCUACAUGAGAAAGGACGACAUUCUGUACUAGGGGCUGAUGUUGAGGAUGAUCUAAGUUCCUCCACCAGUUCCAUGGACAAGUCUGAGGGAGACAGUAAAGAGAGGAAAAAUUCUGACUCUGGAGAAAUGAACGAUCUUGUAAAUCUAAUGACACAAACGUUACACAUGGAGAAAGAUGACGGUCAAAUGCCACCAGCUGUUUGUAAGGAGUUUAAGAUCAACAGAAGAUACAAAGAUACAUUAAGGCUGCAUGGAAAAACAUCUGAGGAGCAAGAAGAUGUUGUCUUUCAAGACUUGGCUUUAGAUAAUUUGACAGUUCCGGAAAAAUUCCGCAGAAUGAUUGAAGCUUUAAGGACUGAUGUUGUGCAGGAACUGGGUGUUAAAGUUCUGGAGGAAGUGUACAACGUCAUGGAAGAGGAGGAUGAAAAGCUACGAGAGUUGCAUUUACAGAAGCUCCUGGGAGAGAAAUACAGCAACUACAACCUGAAAGUUCGCCAACUAAAGUUUUUUGAAGAGAAUUCAAAAUUUUAACUGAAUUGUCAGUUCAUUUGUUAAGACUGCACAUUUUUACCUUUUUUUUUUUCAUUUUCAUACACUAAGUGGUCCAUUCCUCCUUGUGCUGAGGGAAUAUCAAUGGCAAUAUAUUAACAUUUUGUCAAAUUUAUAAGAAUUUUUUGCUGCUGGCAGGACAUUUUUAUGAGGAUUUGUAUGGGAUGAUGUAACGUAAGUGCAGUAAUCCCAUGUAUAUGUGACUAUACCUAUCAUUGUCCCUUUUCCUCUUGAAGAGGAAACAUUUCUACUGUUUUGAAAACAAUAUUUUCUGUAUUAUGUAGAAUAUAAAAAAUCAUGUGACUUACAAUGUAUUUACUACCUUUUUUUUUUUUUUUUGUCACCUUGUUUG